CAUUUUGAAAGAAUGGCAUGUCUUUUGUUGAAUCAGGAAAAUGUGCACAUUAAAAUUCCAUCAGCUGACACUGUCGAAGGUAUUACUUAUUAUUGCAUCGAGGUUAGGAUUGCUUCAAUCAAAUGGACUGUGAAGCACAGAUAUAAUGAUUUUGCUGAACUUCACGAUAAACUUGUCUCAGAGAAUUAUGUUAAGAAGGAUAUAUUGCCACCAAAGAAGCUUAUUGGAAAUAAAUGUGAAGCUUUUGUAGAAAAGCGUAGAUUAAGUUUAGAAGUUUAUUUAAAUGAAGUAUACAACUAUCUGAAAAAAGCAAUGCCCAGAGAAUUAGCUGUAUUUCUUGAUAUGCAUAUAUAUGAUAUAUUUUUUCUACUACAGAGUAUGGCUUUAGAAUUUUUUAUAGAAGGGAAUAGUUUAUUGCAAAAGUCCAAGAGUCACAAAUUUAAUCCAGUUCAGCUAUAUGCAAUCAGUGAGAGAUUAAAACAACCCUGUCCACCAAUCGAAGUGGUUGACAAAAAAUAUGAUUUCAGUCAUGUCUUGGAUUUUAAUUCUCAUUUAACUGGUCUUAUCAUUGAAGGAAGUUCAGAACCUUAUAGAACCAGCAAUAUUUAUUCAUCAGCAUUAUCCAUUGAAUUAACAAGUUUCAAAAAUAUAGAAAAUCUAACCAUUAAUCAAUAUCCAAUGGAUAAGAUAUAUCAUAUGGGCAAUCUUCGAGAUACAGUGAAAUAUUUAAAAGUGAACAAUACAAAGCUUAGAAAUAUCGUUGAAUUAGCAAUGUGCGAAGAAGUACAUAAAACAAUUGAAAAUGCGAACGAUUCUCAUGUUUGGUUUAAAGUCACUCAUCUAGAUCUUAGUGAUAAUCGAAUAGAAGUUAUAGAUGAAGCAAUUAAAUUAUUACCACAAAUAGAAUGCUUAACAUUAAAUAAUAAUUUACUCUCUGAAAUUUCUAACAUCACUCUAUUACCAAGAUUGUCUCAAUUGUAUUUAGCAUCAAAUAAUUUCACAACUCUACCCGAUGAUUUGCAUACGAAACUUGGUUAUAUCGUAUAUAUCGAUUUAUCCCAAAACAAAUUAACUUCAUUAUCGAGUUUCUCGAAAUUGUAUUCAUUAGAAGGUCUAGACGUAAGUUGCAAUCGUAUCGAAAAAAUCGAAGAGGUAAAGAAUAUUGGUCAUCUACCUUGUUUAGAAAAUUUAAGAUUAACUGGCAAUCCAGUGUCAACAAUUGUCGAUUAUAGAGUAAAAGUAUUAGAACCGUUUGGAAAAAGAGCAGCAGAUAUUUGUUUAGAUAAUGAAAAACCAAAUCAGAAGGAACUGGAUACUGUUUCUGUUCAUCAAGCAUUACGCAUUGCAAGAGAAGGAAAAUCACCUACAUUCACGGCUUCAGAUGCGCCUUUAUUUUCUGCAGAGAUUCCAAAUAUAUAGAAUUGCAUAAUUAUAAUUUCAUUUCAGAAAAUAAUCUAGACAAAGAAGGAACUUCGAUAUAAAUUUUUAUCAUUGACUCAAAUUUUUUUCUUAAAUAUAAAAGACCAAGAAUUACAAAUUUUCAAACACAUUUAGAUUUUGAUGGAAAUCUAACGAGAUAUUUUAUAUUUUUUACUCAAAGUGAUAUCACUUUUAAAAAUUAAAUUGAAUUAAUUUGUAUGAAAAGGUUCCUUUGUAAAUUAAAUCAAAUUGAUAUUUAAAAUGACAAACAUUCAAGAUUUGAAUCUCACUUGUAGCUCUUUUUAUGAUAUUUAUUUAUGUCACUUUAUCAUGUCGGUGCUUUUUAUUAUCUUUUUUUAACAUUAUGAUGAUAAUCUAAUCAGUAUAAUGUAUACCAAAAUAAUAAUCUAUAAUUUAAGUCUUAGAUAAUGAGUCAAAUCUUUAUUUGACUAAAUCUUUAUUUGAUUUAGAUAUAAAGGAAAUUUUAAUAAUAUGUGGGAUAAUUAAAAAGAAGAUAAUAAAUCUCUCUUUUCGGGGAUAAUGUGCCACUUAUCUAUGUAAAAGUAAAAUUUAUAAGAUUCUACUGUGUACAUAAUUAUUUUUAAAUUGUAUAUUGCGUGUUACCGUCAUAUAUUUUUUAUACGAAAUCAGAAAAUGAAAUAGAAAGAUUAGAUUGAUC